UUGAUGAUAAAAAGAACUGGAUUGGAUAGGUAUUGGUUCACUUAAGACUUGUUUCUCGUCUGGUAUACUUGUUUCACGUCGCAUCAUGGCUCCGCGAUGGGGCUUGUUUCUUAUGCUCUGGUUUGCUGGGUGCAGCACGGGCGAAGGUGCAGUCGAAAGUGGGUGCAGCGAAGGAGUUUCAUCGGACAGCAAAGGCCAGGAAUUUAUCUUCGCCAUUCCAAGCCCCGUGGGAACGGGCGGAGGCAUCUACCCGUUCGUCAUCGUCACGAGCGAGUCCGCUGGGAUGACCCUAGUCAAUGUGUCCCAGCCCGCCGGUACUAUCCGGCACAGCGUCGGUGUUGGUUAUCGAGAGUCAGUGGUGCUCAAUCUGACAACAGAUGCCCUUGCCAGGGGUUCUGGAUUUGUUGACAGCGCAGUUGUCGUAACAGCUAGCUCCGACGUCAGCGUGAGGUGCCUGGUGGAGCAGCACGCUGUCCGUUUCCACUCCGACGGCUUCACGGCGAUCCCGACCGACGCCUUGGGGCGAGACUACUUCGUCCUGACCUUUGACACUCACCCAACAGUGGUGGGCGGAAAUGCUGAUGAGAGAUACCACUCUCAAUUCGUCGUCACGGCGACAAGGGACCAAAGUCUGAUAAGUGUGGAACUCAGCGCGACGGCAUCCUUCGAUGGCCUGCAACGCCGGGCGGGUGAGCCAGUCGAGUUUGUCUUGGACCGGGCCGGGUCGGCCCAGAUACGGAGCAAUCAUGACCUGACGGGGACCAAGAUCACCUCUAAUUACCCGGUGGCGGUGGUUGCCGGCAAUGACUGCUCCGAUGUCCUACGGCUGUUCAAUUACUGCGUCUAUCUAGUGGCGCAAAUGCCUCCAGUGGAGACGUGGGGUCGUCGGUUCGUCUUAGCCCACUGGGGACCCACCGGCUGCAUCCACACCUGGAGGAUCUUGGCUCCUUACCACAACACCACUCUGACGUUCCAUGACAACCAUUUGACAAGGGUAACUCCUGGCAUCCCGAGAUGGUACGACUACCAGAUGCACGACAAAAAGGCGGUGCUGCUCACUGCAGACCAGGUGGUACUUGUCGUGCAGUACAUCGCCAGUCGGAAGUCCUCAACCAGUGUUCUAAGCAUCCCCAUAGAACAGUACACGGAUGAGACUACCUACAUGCGAAUAAGCCAGAGCCGAGGCGCUGUCCAGACCAAGGCUGGCCUUGCGGGCACUGUGACGAUGUCAUCACCCUUAGCCAUUAUCUACCCGUGCGAAGGGGAGUCCGAUAUCUUGAUCAACGGUCUAGAGCUGAGGUCGCUUCCACCCAGCAGCACCGGUCUCCAAGACGCAACAGGUCGGUACUGUGUGCUGGAGCGGUGGGAACCCGUACUCGGAUAUGACCGGUGGAGCGUGGACUCCAGGCGGACCGGCACCCGUUUCUCGUCGGUGGUUCUAAAAUUCGACGGUGGGGCCAUUGUCAGCGCCUAUCCGGCCGCCAUGUUACUCGAGUCGCAGGGAUGUGCGCCAUCUGUCGGCGGAGACGACGUCGAGACAACCACAGGGAGAACACCGACCACUGCGGGUGUGAACAACCACGGAGGUAUACUAAUCGCACUCUGCUCCACUCUGUCUGUGGUGGUCAUGCUCCUCGUGUCGUGUUAUGCCACAAGUUUUGCCCGGUACGUAUACCUUAUAGAAUUUGGGUGCUCGUUCUUAGUCGGUUAUUUUUGGAUCUCAAAAUUUACUGUAAGACAUUUUUGUUCCAGGAAAAGGUGUCGAGGCAAGAACUCCACUGGGCAAGUUCGCAUGCGGUACAAUGUACGCACCGGGGCGAUAGAGGGCUCACGUCGACAGGCAGUCGACAGUAUCUAUUCCUCUCUACCAAACAUCCCGCCUCCUGCUGGUCUUGCCAGCAUGGCUCCACCGACGUCAGGGGGCGCAGUUCGAUCAGGCACCGCACAGUCGGCCCUGAUGGAAUGCCACGGCGAGGAGCCUGGGAUCCGUCCCUACGGGGCCCGGAUGCACGAGCACCGCCUGUAUAACCGGGGAACCAACCAAAUCGAGCCCCAGGCCGACAGGGCCCCCCACGCUUAUGCCAUCACUACAGGGGAAGGGGUGAAACACACGUAUAUGGCCCUGUAAUGGCCUUGUAAUGGCUAAAUCAA